AGUACGUCACAUAAUUCCAGCCAAAGGCGGCAGUAAUGAGACAUUUGAAAUUUGCGGGCUAGCUAGCGAGCUAGCUGCUAGCAUGCGUCUCCGAUAACAUAUUAAUCUUUCUUUUUUUCUUUUCCCCGAUAACUAUGGCGUCGUUUCUUAAUUUAUCGCAACACGUAAACACUCGGUAUGAAUCUCCGGCCAAGGUGUUCGCCAAACUGAAAUCUAAAGUGCAGCGAGAAGCGAAGGAGGGCAUCUGUACAGGCAGGGAUCCGCUGUUUAACGUUAGAGAGAAACAUGGAGCAGACUUUAAUUCGCCCAGGAGGAGAACAGAGAGCACCUGGAUGCCCGAUGAGCUCAAGGAGAAUCAGAGGUUUGGUACUUAUCGCAAUGAAGCGGAGGCCUUGACACUCUCGCCCAUAACCAGUCCUCAGAAAAGCAUCGGUUAUUCAUAUUUCAAGCCUGUUGUGGAAUUGCCACCUGUGACUGACAUGGGACAUGCUCUGCAGUCAAGAAAUCAACAUUCACCAACAAAGAGAGCUUUCCUGGAGUCAACAGAUGUGUUUCAUCCUCUGGUCAAUGGUUUCACUGGGACCAGCAGGACUCCAGUGAAGAAACUGCCAGUAGAAAAAGGCUGUGGAAACUGGAUGUCUGAGGAGGAAUGUGCUCCUCUGGAGAAAGUGAUGUCUCCAGGCAAGAUGUUUUCCCCCAUGAGGAAGAGUUUAAGGAAGAGAAAAUGGGGGCAACAAGAGAUGAACAAAGUUAGCAGCAGCACAAAGGAGGUCUGCAAUGAAGUCAUAAGUCAGCAGAGGGCAAGGAAAAGCUCCACUGCUCUCAGUGAGGAUGGCACUCACAACAACAUCUGCGCGGAGGAUUUGGGUACUGUCAGAGGAUGUUCAUUACUUGCUGAGCAAUCAGAGAUGAACCAAAUCACCCAUGAACCCACGUUUGCACAACCGAGAUCCAUCGCACAAACAUGGUGCAGAGACGCUUUGGAUAGAAUUCCUCCGAUGUCUCCUGCCAAGAUGUUUGCUUGGAUGAAGGAGAGGGAGAACGAGCAAGAGCAGCAGGAAGUUCAUAAAGUCAGCAGCAGCACAAGGGAACUCGUGGAUGGGGGUAAUUAUCAUCAGUCCGGAGACACGCCGCUCUCCACAGCUGACAUUACAAGUGAGACGGAGGAUGCUGCCUCCAGAGGUGUUUCAGAAAGUGUGAGUCCAGUCAACCGGUCCAGAUUAGAGUCAGCUGACAGCCGGUCAGAAACAGAACCAUCUGAAAUCCCACCCCCUGCUGUGCCUUCACAACCUGUUUUGUUCGAAGAUUCACUUGUACUCAAUUCGCCACGGAUCUCCAUCCCGAAGAAAAACAAGGCUAUGUUUAAGCACAACAAAUGGUCCCAGCAGACAACAUUCCCCACCGAGAGUGUGAUUCAUCUUACAAAGUGGUUCUUGAGGAGUAAUCGAAGGGGCCUGUUUAUUGAUGGACUCUGCAAGGAGAGCAACGUACCAUGGAACAGCAACAUCAUUGUGGAGAGAGUUUCUAACACUGUACUGAAGACUGUCUCCGGCAGGGUUUACAUCUUGGUUGGCAAGAUGCAGUGGGUUGCGGACUCUGAGUUUCCCAAGUGGUUUUUGAAGGAGUUCGCUAAAGGUUUCCCUCCGAACUGGAAGGAGCUUUAUGAGAAGUUUCGGUCAGAGUCAAGAAACAACUCCAACAGGGAAACAGAAAGGAACCGUGAAGGGAGAAGCAUUGUGGCUAAGACAACAUCUAAGAGUUCUGCACGCAACUGUAGUGUGAAAAAGCACAAGCAAAAACCUUUCAAGACACCUGAUUCCUGUCCUCCUGCCCCCUCCUCCUCUUCUACAAAAGUGUCUCGGAGUGGUCGGGUGAUCAAGCCACCUCUGGAGUAUUGGAAAGGAGGAAGAGUCAUUCUGGAUGCGCACAUGAAUGUUACCAUCUACGAAGGUUACGAUACCUCCAUCUGCCAACCUGAAGUCAAUACAACGGUGUGUGCAAGUUCACAGAAACCUGCCCGAGUGCUCUGCAGUGAAGGCAGUAAACAAUAUGAGUCAACCAGUGACGGUGAGAUGCCUGUACCACUGAGAAGAGUCAAACCUCCACUCCGCAAACGUCACAGAGCCAAGGUUAACCCUGAAGAGAAGCCCUCCAGUGCAGCUGAACCUCCUGUGGAGACACUGAGCCAUUACAUUAGCAGCCCUGAGGAAUGGUCUGGCAAUAUAAGAAGGUCCAGCCGAAAAAAGCCUUCAACAUGGAAGUCCAAAAAAGAGACGCACGACACCAACAGGCCUUCAGUGAGAGGCUCGAGGAAGAAUCCGCCCUCAGAAUCUCCCGCGUCUCAUAAUAAAGUAUCACAGCGUCUUGAGACGUCGUCAUCAAAUGAUGACUUUACUGACAAGAGAAAGAAGCGGGACAAAGGGGCGCAGAGGAAGAGGGGCGGGAAGGCUGUUAACAAGUCACAGCCAAACCGUAUGUCUUUACGGAGUCAGUCCUCAGAGGAGAGUGAGAAGGAACUGAGGAAGACAACCAGGGUAACAAAACAGAAACAGAACAAAACAUCACCACCCAUAAAGCCUUUGCCUAAGUCGACACAAUCUAGCAAGAAACACAAGGGACACAAAGUGAUUCCACAAGAGCAAGAUGAAGACGAGUGGACAGAAGCAGAACUUAUAAAACUACAACAGGCCGUGUCCUGCUAUCCCAAGCAUAUGGCAGGUUACUGGGCAAAGGUGGCAAGGAUGGUGGGAACACGUUCUGCAGAGGAGUGCCACAACCAGCACACAUCGCAGGGAAACUCCCAGACUCCUGCCAAGACAGCAAAGAAAACCAGAAAGGAGAAUGUGGAAGCACCAAAAAAGUCAGCUCCAGAUUGUCCCUUGAUAUCUGCCGGCGUGGGAACCUUUAAGAGAAAGCAGCAGGUGCGUCAGUUCUUGGAGGCCAUGCCCAGAGACGAUGUAGAGGACGUUUUCAGCUCGGCAUACAUGCAGAAUAAACGGUUUGAGAUCCCCUCCAUGUGUCUGAGUGAAGACCAUGACAUCGCAUUGUCAGACCUGGAGCCCGUGACCCCCAUGUCGACACGUCUCCUCGAAGCGAAGACUCCUCAGUGUCUACAUAUCACUCCUGGCAUGAUGGGUUCUCCAAGCAGGAACAAUGGUGACAAGUAUGUCUAUCAACUCCAGAAGAGGAUGAAAAAAAAUCAGUUCAAUGUCAACAAACAAGCUUUGUCUUCAAAGAGCUUCACACCCACGCCAACGAUGAAACGAAAAAUGAGAAGAUGUGGAAACACAGAAAACGAUACCUUUGUUGUCUGGGAGAUGUUCCCAGACCAAGAGCCUGAAAGUGGAGAGGAAGAGGACUUUUACUUCUCAGACAAUGACUGAUUGGAGUCAGAGCUGAAAUGUCAUGAUUUUUAAAAAAAAUCUUAAGUUGUUAACUUGAAUUGAAAUCAGUGGAAACGAGCAGAGAUGUGACUUUUUCUCUUGUUUAACUAAUCAAAUGUGCACAAUAAAAAGUUACAGUUGCUCUCCCCUGUCUUUCACAUGUGAGUGUGAAAUGUGGGGUGAUUUAUGUUUAAUGUGUUAACUCAGGAUCUCAAGUCAGUGUGACAAACACACACUGGCCCAACUGAUUGGCUUGAGCUUUUUAAACAGAACAUCAAAAUGUGUAAAAAAUUGUUUCAAAAUAGUUUCUGUUAUAAGACGUGUAAGAUGCUGUUAAAGACUUAUGCUGCUGUCUUCUAGUAUGUCUCUAUAAAUACAUUUUUUGUUCAAAGUCCUAGUCUUGAGUCUUUUGUAAUGAUCUUUUUAAUAAACAUUCUUUAAUUCUUA